AUGUCAUUUGAAAAAUGAGCUGAGAGUAAAACCAGUUUUCGAAGAAAAUUCAUUAUCGCGCUUUGGUCAUGUUUAUACACAAUGCGUAUGCUGCAUUCCAAAUAUAUACAUAUAUAGUUUUUGAGCGGAGUCAAAACCCGUCUAUAAUCAGUGACAAUAGCCGUUGCAUCUUUGCUUUUUAUUUUUUAUCGCAAUCAGUUUGAGGAAACGCAGCAAUGCAUUGAUGUUUGCAAUACUGACAGAUGAUAAUUCUCGUGUAUGUAUAUAGUUUAAUACAUAUAUACGUAGUAGCGAACACGGCCAUCAUGUGUCAAAUGUAAUUGAAUAAUGGCGGAAUGACGUUAUACACAAAGCUGAGAGUAGUGUGCGUAUAUGUCAUACGCGACCACGUCGAGCUGUAACAACAGAUAUCAAACCUUUUUUUGUUUCUACUUCGGUCCAAAAGCCUUUAUUUUUAUCAUAUAAAGCUUAACAAUUAUGGAAACACAACCGUUAAAUCAAAACAGUGAUAAACCUCCACCGUACUCGGCCGCAACUGCACCGUCUCAAGGAUAUCCUUCGUGGCAACCACCUCCAGGCUACUAUCCUACCAGCGGAACACCAAAUCCGAGCCAGCAAAUACCGUCUUAUGGUUCUACUGCUCCAUUGACAACUGUCAUUGUUCCUGAGAUCAUCCUCGUUGGGGCUUGUCCUGCUUGUCGUGUUGGAGUCUUGGAGGACGACUAUACUUGCUUGGGUCUUUUCUGUGCGAUAUUUUUCUUCCCUCUUGGUAUACUCUGCUGUCUGCUAUUGAAAAAUCGACGUUGCUCCAACUGCGGCGCAUACUUUGGCUAGUUUGUCGAUUGCGUAGUUACCAUCAGGAGAGUUUGUUUUUGUAAAUAAUGUAUACGUUGAAAGGCUGUGGUGUUGGACUUAAUAUUUCAUAGUGAACCUUUAUUGGAAACCAAUAUUGGACAAGAUCAGAUAAAUUCAAACAUGAAGAAACGAUAUUUUGAGUGAUUUAUAGAAUGCGAUGUUCAAUUCGACAAAAACGUGAUAAUUUGUGCUCUCUCGAUAAUUCCAAUGGCUUCUAAAAGAAUUAGACAUUUUUAAGGGGUCUUCCAAGCAGAGUAGAGCAAUCUUUGACUAAAGUGAUUUUUAGGAAAUUCCGAUGAUCAUUUACAAAAAUUGAUUUACUUUGCUUGGAACACCCCACAUUCAACAAACAAAAUACGAGAGUUUUUCGAGAGCAAUUAUCCAUUAUUUUCAGCUUUCCACUAAGGAGGCUUCGAUUUUUUUCUCAUGGUUGAAGGAUCUGCCGAUAUGCUAUGAAGAAUAUUUAUAUCAGAAUUGAAAUAAUUUAAAAAAUUCCGAGAAAAUAUGUUUUGAACAUAAGAAAAUCAUAUAUAUAUAUAUACACAGAAAUUGUAACGUAAUUUUUAAGACUUUCACAUUUUCUGAAUGUUGUAAUCUUUAAACAUUAUAUUUGUUAUAAUAUUAUAGUAAAAACCGUUGAAAGUUGAA